CAUUUAUAUAUCUAAUUUUUAAAUAAACAAUUGCGCAAUAACGUCGAAAUAAAUUUCGUUAUCGCGGCGUAAUCACUUUAAUAAUCUAGUAGCGCUCGGAAAGAUUAUAGAUAAAUUUUCACUUGAUCAGUAGAUUUUUUAUUCACCGUUUUUUUUCACGUGUGCAAGAGAAAUCGUGGAAAGAUGAAGGCCUGGUCUGACGCAGCGAGUUUGAUAUUAGCAGCACGUCAUGAGCAGACAUAUAGUCGCGCAGUGUCGCCUGCAAUUCACAAUUACAAGCUACUAUGCCUGAAGCGUCAUCAAAAGUCGAGUUUCAUGCCAGGGUUGUACGUCUUCCCGGGCGGCACAAUGGACCCAGCUGAUGUCAAUCUGAAAUGGUACGAACAUUUCAGUGCUUUCGGUUUGGACAAUGAUAGGCUUGCAUCUCUGGUACCAAAAACUGUGUCGCGGCCGCAAAUUUUUCAAUCAAAAGAGAACGAGUUGCUCAGAGAAAUCUCGCUACGCAUUACGGCGAUUCGCGAGACCUUCGAAGAAGGCGGGAUAUUGCUAUGCAGACGUAAUAAAGAGGACGAUUCUCAUUCUAAUUGGGCCGAGCACGUAUCAAUUCCUGAAGGCGAGUUGCAAAUGUGGCAGAACAAAGUCCACAAUGAUGCGACGGAAUUUCUCAAUCUCUGUCAGAAGUUGGAGUGUUAUCCGGACUUGUGGGCGCUGCAUGAAUGGAGGAAUUGGUUGGGACCUACGUACGGGUACAAGAAUAAACGCUUCAACACCGCUUUUUACUUAGCUUGCAUACCGCAUAUGCCAUACGCUGAAUAUGCAGCUGUAGAAAUGGAGGAUCUACAAUGGUUCUCUCCGAAGGAGUUUUGUUCGACAAGUUUCGAAUUUCCACCGCCGCAACAGAUCGAGAUUGCCAAGUUGACCAAAAUUGAAAGUAUAGAUAAUCUCUUGAAUAUCGCCAUGGAACGCAAUAAAAAAGGCGUGCAAAAAUUAUAUUUACCGAUAGCGGUGCAAUUGAAGGAUGGCCUCGUGUUUGUCAUACCUGAAGAUACGAUGUAUCCGAAGGAAAUUGAGUUGUAUGAACAACAAGUAAUCGAUAAGUCGGAUAUUACUGUAGAUGAAUUUGAGAAGUUAACCCUGACAAAAAACAGAAUGGCAUUUCUCGAUACACAAGUUACCGUAAUUUUUACCGAUAACGGCAAAGAUAAUCGCAUAGUAUUUCCAAGACCCGGGUAUCAUUCAAAAUCUAGAAAUGUGGAAUCUAAAAAUAAGCUUUAAGACGAAUAAUAAACAAAUUCGAUUUCGGUUUUCAGAUAAUUUGCUCAAAGAAGAUAUUUUUAAAUACGUUUAAAUGUUGAAUAAAUGUUAAACAUUAUAUGAUUUGAUAAAGGAUUGUCAGUGUCGGCAGAAUGUUUCUAAAACAAUGAUAAAAUAAUGGCUUUUAAAUAAAUAUAUAACAUAAAUGAUCUUUGCUAUAUUUCUGUAAUAUAACAUUCGUAUGCAAUAAAUUACUAACAUUGUGAACACGAACGUGUUAGCAUUAAAAUUUUAUUAAAUACGUAUGAAUUCGUUACCUGAUAAUUUUUUAAACACAUAUACAAGAAUAUACGUGCGGAGCACUCUGCGUGCAUAACGCGUUUUAAAGACGGCGAUUAAAAAUUUGUAAAUAAAGAUUAAAUAUUCUUUAUACCA